AUGUACGGGGCAGGAAGAUCUUGGAGCAAGAGGCAGCAGCAGCAAGCAGUACUUGUAAGCUGCCGCUUUGCAUCCGCUCUGCAAAACUACGGGCAUGUCCUCCUGCAGCAGCGGACCGCGGCGUGCUCCACGGAGGAGCUGCCGGGGGCCGAGCGGCGCCCGGGCGGAGCGCCGGGGCCGCACUCGGGUGCCGCAGGGAACCGGGCAGAGACGUGGCGGGGCUUGUCCGGCGGGAACCGCGCCGUCAGCGCCGGGGGAACCGCAGCGGCCCCGCCGUGCGGGCGUGUGCUCCCUGGGCAGUGCCACAGCGAGCACCGCGCCGAGCGCUCAGCGCAUCGCCCGACUCAACCGGGGGACACGAGCAGGGGGCGAGCGGCCGCUCCAACACCAACUCCCACUCCGGUUCCGGCUCCUGCUUCGGCCCCGACGGCGCUGCCGCCGCCCCGCUCCUCCCAGCCCUGCCCUGCCCUGCCCUGCCCCGCCCCGCCGGGCUGCGCUGCGAUCGCUGCCGAGGGAGUUGCCCAGCCCGGGCCGGGGCGGUUCCGAGCGCUCGCCGCGCCGGCUGUCGCCGCUCAGGGACACGCGUGUCCCGCGGUGCCGGCGUGCGCGGCCCGCCGGCGUUCGGCCAUGCUGGUGCGGCUGCCCGCUGCGCGGGGCUCAGCGCUGCCCGCCCGCCUCCGCCCGCCCGCCCGCCGAUAA